CUACUCCAACUGUUGAAUUGAAUUCGUCUUAUUAUUAAUCAUUUUAAUUUCUUCAUUCACGCGGUUUCGGAGAUGGAUUUAUUUUCUCUGAAAUCAGCACAUCUUUUGCAUGCCGUUGGCUGAUCCUGAUGAAUGCCUGAUUGAAAGAGGCCACCCACCCAUAACAGACAGGGGGGAAAUACCCUCACUACAACAGAUUGCAGAAUUAACUAUGCACAUUGGGUCUGGACUUUUAUGAAUAGAGGACAAUUGGGGGGAAAAUACCGAACUGAGAGCCGAGACUGAGCUGUGGAGAGUUACUGGAAACCUACUAUAUAUGUAUUUUUUAUUUCCCUAAAAAUCAGAAAGAUCUCGGGGUGGCUCACGCCUAAAAUAGAGGACAUAUUUAAAAAAAAAAAUACACCCAGCAAAGCAGACGCCUUCUCGGUGCUGUGGAUAACAGCCUUGUUUUCCUGAUUCUCAGCCUCCCGGAGAAAGAGGUAUAGUAAAAGUGCAGCUGGAUUCAACACCCCCUCCCUUUCUCCUUUUUCUUUUUCUUCAAAACAUGAAUCUGAUUUUUCUAUCUAUAGAGUGAGUCAGAGAAGCGUUAGGAAGAAGCUGCAACUAAUGUCUGUGAAGGGAGGAACAUGAGGCGAUAGUGAAUGCGAUUUGUUCCGCUGGAUCUGACUCAUCCAGCAGAUUGGAACACCUGCAUUUCUGGAUGUGUCAUUCACUUAUUGGGGGGGUGUUUUAAGAACCCUAAAUUUAAAAAAAAAAAACUUCUAUUUAAUAGCCCCUCGAAAGGUAAAUCGUCCUGACUUGGCUUACUGCUGCUACACCAAGAUGUCCAGAAAGACUGUUUGAGCUUGAGACUGCAGAAUGCAUUACACCAAACAUUAAUUUGUAUUUGUUUAAUCCAUUCCCCUUCAAAAAACAAAACAAAACAAAACAAAAAAGGACAUACUUUGUUCGUUUAAAUAUAUAUAUACCACUCUUAUUCAUCGCCAAGAUUUUCUUUUCUAAAUGAAGAGGAUUGGGAGGCGUCAGUGCCACUGGAAGGAGAUGCUGAAUAGAAAGAAAAAAGAAGCACUUGACAGCACAGCCCUGUGAAUGCAGAGACUGUUUCCCUUUUAGCCACAGAGUGUAUGUAUGUGUGUGAGUACUGGGUGAAUUUUCUCUCUUUUCCUUUUUUUUCCCUCCCCCAAUUCUGAGCAUUCGACCAUGGGUUGCCUGUUGAUUUCCUUUCUAUUGGAGAGGAAAGCAAACUGGAAUUAAACUGCAUUGAGCAAAGUGCUGUUCCCUGAGAGGAUGUGGUGGUGGCGGCUGCUACUGGCCUGUCUCAGAGAAAUCCAAGAGUGUAUAUGCGAAUGAACAUAGACUGAGAUUUUUUUUUUUUUUCCCUUUCCUGUACACACAUACGCAUACACAUUGCUGCUGCUGAUCUGGUUGGGGGUUUCCUGGUUUCGGGGGAGCAUUUUUCUAGACGAGAGGGCGGAGGCUCGUAAAGGGAGGAAACUACAAAUCCGGACACUAGUUCUUUGCUCUGCAUUUCCCCCCCUCCCCGGGGUUGCUUGGAAAGGAAAAGGAGAACUACGCCUGCCAGCGAGAUGCAGUCCGCCGCCGCCGCUGCAAGCAAUGCAAGAUUAGAUCUCUAAAUGCAGCAAAACACUCCCUGAAAACCAACAAGCCCGCGGGGCCACCAGACAUUUCUUUGUACACAAGGGAGGGCUUCAAAUCUAUUUCCGAGACUCGUCUGUUUCCUUUCCCUUAUCCCUGUCAAUCUCAUCACGGGAGAUGAGUAACAAGUAAGGAUUUCACUUUACAAUCCAGCUUAGAGACACACCUCCCCGCUCUCUUUAUCUCCCUCCGCCUCUAUUUUUAAUAGUAUUUCGGAGACUGCGUGUGAGAGUGGCUUUUCAGCGCACUGGUGGAGGGGGAAAAAGAAAAGAAAAGAAAAACCCUGCGUAUUUUAAAACCCAUUAUCGCUGCCUCCUCCUUCCCUCUCACCCCUCCCCGGACGAUUUUUUCUUCUUAUCAUCCACCUCAUCGCGGAAGUUUGUGGAGCCUGAACUAAAGCUGGGGUAUUCCUGUAGAUACGAAGCACUUGUUUUACCCCUGCGCUUGGAAGCUGCUUUUAUUUUCACUCAGUGACCCUUACGCUACGGUCCAUUUGCUGCUCCUCGCUCUGGGCAGAUGCUGUAGCUCAACAGGUUCAAGGAACUUGAGGAAGAAAUAAGAAGAGCCUGAAUCAAAAAGCAGCUACAGGGAGAAGAGAGACAGACCCUGUCUCACGCACGCAUACACAGGAGCACACACACAGAGCCCUGUUGUGUUGCACGCUCGCGGCACACAGACACGCACAGUCCUGCAGUUCCUGCCCCCACCCCGUUGGUCUGGGAUGUACCUUUCCAUCUGUUGCUGCUUCUUGCUCUGGGCUCCCGCCCUCACGCUCAAAAACCUCAACUACUCGGUGCCGGAGGAGCAAGGGGCCGGCACUGUGAUCGGUAACAUCGGGAAAGAUGCGAGACUGCCGCAGCAGGGGCUUCUGCCCCCGGAGCGAGGCGGCGGCGGCGGAGUCAGCAUCGGAGCCGGGCGCGGCAAAUCCGGCAGCUACCGGGUGCUGGAGAACUCGGCGCCUCACUUACUGGACGUGGACGCUGACAGUGGACUUCUCUACACCAAGCAGCGCAUUGACCGAGAGUCCCUGUGCCGCCACAACGCCAAGUGUCAGCUCUCCCUAGAGGUCUUCGCCAACGACAAAGAGAUCUGCAUGAUUAAGGUGGAAAUCCAAGAUAUCAACGACAAUGCGCCCUCCUUCCCCUCAGACCAGAUCGAAAUGGACAUCUCAGAGAAUGCCGCGCCGGGGACUCGCUUUCCACUCACCAGCGCCCACGACCCCGACGCCGGUGACAACGGGCUCCGCACUUACCUGCUCACCCGCGACGACCACGGCCUUUUCGCCCUGGACGUCAAGUCCCGCGGAGAUGGCACCAAGUUCCCCGAGCUGGUGAUCCAGAAGGCACUGGACCGUGAGCAGCAGAAUCACCACACCCUAGUGCUGACCGCCCUGGACGGCGGAGAACCUCCUCGUUCAGCCACCAUGCAGAUCAAUGUGAAGGUGAUUGAUUCUAAUGACAACAGUCCGGUCUUCGAGGCCCCCUCCUACCUGGUGGAGCUGCCCGAGAAUUCCCCUCUAGGUACGGUGGUUAUUGACCUCAAUGCUACCGACGCUGAUGAGGGCCAGAAUGGCGAGGUGUUGUACUCCUUUAGCAGCUACGUGCCAGACCGGGUGCGUGAGCUCUUCUCCAUUGACCCCAAAACAGGACUGAUCCGCGUCAAGGGUAACCUAGACUAUGAAGAGAAUAACCUGGUGGAGAUUGACGUACAGGCCCGGGACCUGGGGCCCAACCCCAUUCCAGCCCAUUGCAAGGUCACGGUCAAGCUUAUAGACCGCAACGACAAUGCGCCCUCCAUUGGCUUCGUCUCGGUGCGCCAGGGGGCGCUGAGCGAGGCCGCCCCACCGGGCACUGUCAUCGCCCUGGUGCGGGUCACCGAUAGGGACUCCGGCAAGAAUGGGCAACUGCAGUGUCGCGUCCUGGGCGGAGGAGGGGCCGGAGGGGGACUUGGAGCGAGCGGGGCAGGAGGUUCAGUGCCCUUCAAACUGGAAGAGAACUAUGACAACUUCUACACUGUGGUGACUGAUCGGCCUCUGGACCGGGAAACCCAGGAUGAGUACAAUGUUACCAUCGUGGCCCGGGACGGAGGUUCUCCACCUCUCAACUCCACCAAAUCAUUUUCUGUGAAAAUCCUGGACGAGAACGACAACCCUCCCCGCUUCACCAAGGGACUUUACGUGUUGCAGGUACACGAGAAUAACAUCCCCGGUGAAUACCUGGGUUCUGUUCUGGCACACGAUCCUGACCUGGGCCAAAACGGCACCGUAUCCUACUCCAUAAUACCCUCGCAUAUCGGAGACGUGUCCAUUUAUACCUACGUGUCUGUGAACCCCACGAACGGGGCCAUCUAUGCUUUGCGCUCCUUCAACUAUGAGCAAACCAAAGCCUUUGAGUUCAAAGUACUGGCUAAGGACUCAGGAGCCCCUGCUCACUUAGAGAGCAAUGCCACGGUGCGGGUGACUGUCUUGGACGUGAACGACAACGCACCUGUGAUUGUGCUGCCCACCCUGCAAAAUGACACAGCCGAGCUGCAGGUGCCUAGGAAUGCUGGGCUGGGCUACCUAGUGAGCACUGUGCGGGCCCUGGACAGCGACUUUGGGGAGAGCGGGAGGCUCACCUAUGAGAUUGUGGACGGCAAUGAGGACAACCUGUUCGAGAUAGACCCGUCCAGUGGUGAGAUCCGUACCCUGCACCCCUUCUGGGAAGACGUGACCCCUGUGGUAGAGCUAGUGGUGAAAGUGACGGAUCACGGGAAGCCCACCCUCUCGGCUGUGGCUAAGCUUAUCAUCCGCUCGGUGAGCGGCUCUCUUCCCGAGGGGGUGCCUCGGGUGAACGGCGAGCAGCACCACUGGGACAUGUCGCUGCCACUGAUAGUCACCCUGAGCACCAUCUCCAUUAUCCUCCUAGCGGCCAUGAUCACCAUCGCGGUCAAGUGCAAGCGGGAGAACAAGGAGAUCCGUACUUACAACUGCCGCAUCGCAGAGUACAGCCACCCUCAGCUGGGCGGGGGCAAGGGCAAAAAGAAGAAAAUCAACAAGAAUGAUAUAAUGUUGGUGCAGAGCGAGGUGGAGGAGAGAAAUGCCAUGAAUGUCAUGAACGUGGUGAGCAGCCCCUCCCUCGCCACCUCUCCCAUGUACUUUGACUAUCAGACUCGCCUGCCCCUCAGCUCGCCCAGGUCGGAAGUGAUGUACCUGAAACCUGCCUCCAACAACCUGACUGUUCCUCAGGGGCAUGGGGGCUGCCACACCAGCUUCACUGGACAAGGGACUAAUGCAACAGAGACUCCCUCCACUCGGAUGUCCAUAAUUCAGCCAGGAACACUAUUGAUGGUGGAAGGACGAUGUGAAGCAGCUCAGACAGACAAUUUUCCCGCAGAGCCCAAUUACAUGGGCAGCAGGCAGCAGUUUGUUCAAAGUAGCUCCACGUUCAAGGACCCAGAAAGAGCGAGCCUGAGAGACAGUGGGCAUGGGGACAGUGAUCAGGCUGACAGUGACCAGGACACUAACAAAGGCUCCUGCUGCGACAUGUCUGUGAGGGAGGCACUCAAGAUGAAAACGGCGUCAACUAAAAGCCAACCUCUCGAACAAGAACAAGAAGAGUGUGUUAAUUGUACAGAUGAAUGCCGAGUGCUUGGCCAUUCAGACAGGUGUUGGAUGCCACAGUUCCCUACAACCAAUCAGGCUGAAAAUGCAGAUUACCGCACAAAUCUCUUUGUACCUACAGUGGAAGCUAAUGUUGAGACUGAGACUUAUGAAACUGUGAAUCCCACUGGGAAAAAGACUUUUUGUACAUUUGGAAAAGACAAGAGAGAGCACACUAUUCUCAUUGCCAAUGUUAAACCUUAUUUAAAAGCCAAACGUGCCCUGAGCCCUCUUCUCCAAGAGGUCCCCUCAGCAUCAAGCAGCCCAACCAAGACAUGCAUUGAGCCUUGCACCUCAACUAAAGGACCGAUUGAUGGUUGCGACGCCAAACCAGGAGCUCUGGCAGAAGCUAGCAACCAGUACCUGUCCUCUGACAGUCAGUACCUGUCGCCUAGUAAACAGUCAAGAGACACUGCGUUCAUGGCCAACGAUCAGAUGGCUAGGGUCUUUGCGGAUGUGCAUGCCCGAGUGAGUCGAGACUCCAAUGAGAUGGACUCUGUUCUUGAGCAGUUAGACCAUUCGAAUCGGGAUCUGGGCCGCGAGUCCGUGGAUGCGGAGGAAGUUGUGAGAGAAAUUGAUAAGCUUUUACAAGAUUGCCGAGGAAGUGACCCUGUGGCUGUGAGAAAGUGAAAGAAAAACAAACAAACAAACAAACAAACAAACAAACAAAAAACAUUGGCAUUUUCUUGCCUCUUCUGUUGAUUUAGAAACAAUCCCCCCCUGGUUAUUACAAUUUCACAGGGAUGAAGGAAGACCAAUGCUGCUUUAAGGCUUUUAGUGAACAUCUGAAGUGCCCACAAGUAUGUUCUUUUCACUGCUGUUUCUUUUUCACAGAUAACACUGGUUUCAUUUUGACCAAACUUACACUAGGACAGAGUCAAGUAUGCUUAAAGAAGGACAGGAAAAAAAAAAAAAAGAGAGAGAGAGACAGAGAAAGAGAAAGAGAGAGAGAGAGAGAGAGAGGAGAAAAAGAGGGAGGGAGAAGCAUCUUGUGACAAUCUGUUAAGAAGGUAUAAGAUGAGAGGAAUGAAAUCUUUCUGAUCCUUGUAAGACUGUCCUCCAUGUUUAAUGCUGACUUUACUGUUUACCUAAAACCCUGUGAAAGGCGGGGUUGACAAAUUUUGAUGUGUGGUGGAUUUCCAGCAGUCAUCACAGGCUUCUACUGAAAGUCCUGAAAAGAUCUUUGCAGUAGUCCAAGCUACACCAAACAUUAACACACAUUUGUGGUAAACGUUUCUGUAUAAAGUUACCUGCCACACAUGCACACACAAAGAACAUUCCAUAUCAUUAGUCAACAGAGCAUAUCCUGGUCAUUCGUAAUACACUUCCUGCCAUAUAAGAGUUAAGUGUAAAAAAUGAUAUAGUCCAUUUUGUCCUGCACACACAUUUACUAUUUCACUUCAUUUAAAGAAGAAAAUUUUUAAAGGUUUAAAUGCCUAUUUAGCAUUUUAGUGUCCAACAAACAUAUAAAUAAUGAUCAAUGUUUUAAACUUGAAAUAUAGUGAAGUUUUCAGAAAAAAAAAGUUACCAUUGGAUGGUACUAUACAGAGAAAAAUUAACAUUAUUAACACUUUUUUAUCCAUUUGUGGACACUAAAAUAGCUCAGGAAAGUGAAAAUGUCCUAGACAUACAUGAAUCACAUGACCAUUUAAAUGUGCAAAUGUAAGAAGAUUCAAUGUGUUUACAUCAAAUGACAUAUUUUUAUUGAUUUAUUGCAGAUUCAGUGCAUAUGAGCCAAAUUGUUGAGUGUAUAAGAGCUAUAUUGUGUAUUUUAUUAAAUUAAUAUAUAGUUGUGUUGCAAAAAUAUUUGGGCUUAUAUUGUAAAUGGCAAGUGUUGCCUCGGUAGCUGUCGAACUCUAUGAGUUUUGUUUUUUCCUGCUUCCUUUUCCCCAUGGAGUGUGGGAAGCAGUGCCUCAGAGCAAAGUCUCUUGUUUAAUGUAUGGUCUAGCAAGUACUACAGUACAUAAUCUGUUCAAAAUGUGUUUGAGUGAGCUGAUGGAGCUAACCGAAAAGGUCAAGAAAUACAUCCAUCAGUCAUGGUUAUGUGCAAGUCCUUGUAAAAGCUCCUUAUUGAAAAUUCAUGUUUAAUAACAAAAAUUCCAUUUGAACCAAUACCUGGAACUUCCUUGGAUUCUUUCUCCCCUCACAACAAUACACUUAGCUUCUGUUUGUAUAGAUAUAAUGCCCUUGAUUGAUCGCUCCACAUAAUUUAAGGACUUCAAGAC